AUGUUCAACCUCCAAGACGUAAUAACCACAACAAAGACCACCUUGGCAUCAAUGCCAAACGGUUACUUACCAAAAUGGUUACUGUUCAUUUCCAUCGUAUCCGUCUUUAAUUCAGUCCAGACUUACAUUUCUGGGUUAGAAUUGACACGUAGAGUCUACGAGAGAAAGCCUACCGAAACAACACACUUAAGUGCAAGAACAUUCGGUACUUGGACCUUCGUCGCCUGUAUUAUCAGAUUCUAUGGUGCUUUGUACUUGAAUGAACCACACAUUUUCGAGCUGGUCUUCAUGUCUUAUGUCGUUGCUCUUUUCCAUUUCGGUUCCGAAUUGUUGAUUUUCAGAACCUGUAAGUUAGGAAAGGGAUUCAUGGGCCCAUUGAUUGUUUCAACCACAUCUUUGGUAUGGAUGUACAAGCAAAGACAAUUCUACACCGGUGUUGCAUGGUAA